GCCCUACCAAAACUAUUAUCUUCUUACAACGUUCGCUGACUUGCAACUGCCAAAGGAUCAGCUUAGCUGGGUUUUCUUAUAAAUACCAAGAUAGAACUCUUAUAUUUUUCAAUUUAGGUUUUCUUUUCAUGAAGGAGUUAAGUAAAAAGGACUCAAGUUUCCUACUUUCUGAUAUAAAUGAAAGAAAAGCAAAUCCAAAAAUGUUCUUCACAUCUAAAAAAUUCAAGUACAUUUUUCUAUCAAUAGGAUUGCUUUACUUGUUUAUAUUUUUAAUUCGAUCAAACAAUAUAGAUUCGCCAGCUAUAAUAUCGGUUCCAAAAAAUGAUAUAGACAAAAACUUAUAUCCUGAUUCUGACUCUAUUUUAUCGACUUCUCUUUUGGCCUCAUCCUCUUCUUUAUCCCCAUAUUCUUCUUCAAUUGAUCAGAUAGUCAAUGACGAUUCAAUCAUGAACCCUGAUCCCAAAAAAGUGGACUUGAAAAGAUUCGAGCUCUUAGCAAAUAAGAAUUAUAAUAGCAAGAUUAAUAGUGUUCAGUCACUACGAUCCCAGCUAUCCUCUAAAUUUCCUUAUAAUUAUUCGCUCAAUAAAUACCAAAAAAUGCCCAAAUUUAUUUGGCAAACGUGGAAAACUGAUCCCUCUAAUAGAAGAUUUCCCAAGACCUUUAGGAAGUUUUCAAACUCUUGGAAAAAUAUAAAUGAAGACUUUAUUCAUAAAAUUUUACCAGACAAAAUGGCAAUAGAGCUAAUUAAAAAUCUAUAUUACCAAAUCCCUGAGGUUUUAAUCUCCUAUAAACUACUACCCUCAAAUAUUCUUAAAGCUGAUUUCUUUAGAUACUUGAUUUUAUUUGCAAACGGUGGAACUUACACUGAUAUUGACACUGUGGACUUAAAACCAAUUAAUACCUGGCUCUCCUAUAAUGAAACCAUUUUUGGCGACCUAAAUGAUAUUGGUUUUGUUGUUGGCAUCGAGGCUGAUCCUGACAGACCUGACUGGAAAGAUUGGUAUGCAAGAAGAAUCCAAUUUUGCCAAUGGACUAUUCAGUCAAAGAGAGGUCAUCCUAUAUUAAGAGAACUAGUAUCAAAAAUUUCUCAUAUUACUUUAAACAAAUACAAGAAAAAUGAUUUAAAAUUAAAGAAAACCUCAGAAAAGGGCUCUCAGAUUAUGAACUGGACUGGUCCUGGAAUCUUCACUGAUACCAUUUUCGAAUAUUUGAAUAACGUUAUAAUAAAUAACCCAGAUAUCAAAAUCAUAAAUUAUAACCCUAAAUAUGUCAUAAAACAAAAUGAAUAUGACGAUUCAACUGAUGCUAAUCUCGAUAUUGAUAAAAUGAAAGCAGGUAAUUAUAGAAAGAUCAAUAAAAGUGCAAAGACUCCUCUAACCUGGGAAUUCUUCACUGGCAUGGAAAUUCCUAUCAUAAUUGAUGAUGUCCUCAUUUUACCAAUAUCAAGUUUUAGUCCUGGCGUUGGUCAAAUGGGCUCUCACAAAGAAACUCAUCCUUUGGCAUAUGCUAAACAUAUGUUUGAAGGUUCUUGGAAGGACGAGGACGAUCGUAAAAUAGGAAAAUCUUGAGUUAUUUUAUAAAUAGUAUAUUUAAUGAAUUUUUAUCUUCCAUUUAUAAUCAUCAUCAUAGUCAUCAUCAUAAUCAUAGUCAUAGUCAUAAUCACAAAAAAAAAGUAUCAAAAACUAAAAGUUUUAAUAGGUAUAAGAUGUG